AUGGCGGCUAUUGCUGGCUUUUCACCAGAAAUGAAGCGACUAUAUUUAGCAAAGUAAGGCGAUUUUCUACUAACUCAUUGUUGACUAUGGGCGUUCUGGUUAUAUUAACCUUUCGGGCCCGGAAAGCUGUUUCAGGUUUGCCUGUUUAAUUCAAGGUCAACACGAAAAUGACGCACGAUGAAACAAUCAGUUAAUUAACUGGCUUGUGAACCAGGAACUGUGCUUAACUAUUCAGCAGGUUUUGAUAUUACAGUUUCUUCCCUGUGUUAGGGCCAGCGUUCAAUGGGUUUAGUUUGGGUUGAUAUUCAGCACCAUAAUGUACUCUAACAGAUAAUUCUUUGAUCCAUCAUUUGGAAUAGUAGUAUGGCCGGCCUUUUUUGCUAAGUUUUCAGUGUCAAGUGUGCUAGCUUGUAAUAUCAUAUAAUUUGUCACCUAACUAUUAAUGCUGAUUUCUUCUGUUCCUGCGAGUUUUGUGUUUGAGUAUGUUGUAGGUUGAUAAAAGUUCACUGAUGUUAAGCAAUUUCGACCUAAUUUGUACUUGAAUUUCUUUUGAUUCAUUUCUAUAAGAAAUCAGAAGCAAAUGAAAUUCAAAUAUGAAGUGGAUUAAAAUCAUGCAUUUUAGCUUACACUAAUGGUCAAAUGUCUUACAUCUUCAACUCCUUCACAUUUUCACAAUAUUUGCUCCUUCACAUUUUCACAAUAUUUUACAGACGCAAACAAGUGGGAGUACUUGCAAGUGAGCACUGGAAACACAAGUUGCCAAAAUUCAAUACACCAGAAAAAAAAGCUGAGCUUGAACAGUUUGCUAAGAAGAUCUCUGAUGAAUGUUCACUGCCAGAGGCUGGCUUUUUCACAGAUGGUAUUGCUCAGCAUAUUAAAAGCUUCUUCAGUGAGCAACGAAGAUUCCAUAAAAGCAAAAAGGUAUUGGGAUUUAUGUUAAUAUAUGUUGGUUGGCAUUCUAUGAUAUAUUGCGAGAUUUGAAAGGGCAAUAAUACUAAUAAUAAUUAUUACUAAAACAGUCAGCCAUUGGGCAAUAAUUAUUGUUGUACAAUGGCUGACUGUUUUUCAUCUUGAAGUUGAAUUGUGUCAUUACAAUAAUUAAUUAUUGCUAAAUAGGUUUCCUAGUCUCUUGGCAACUCACAUCUAUAAUAUUCCAAACCUGCUUCUAUGUUAUGAAAAAGGUGCCAUCAGUGCUUUGGCAUGUUAUUGACAGAAUAUCAUCUUCCUAGGUUGUAGUACUACCAUCUUGUUCAGAAUCCAGUUCCAACAGUGAAGUAGAAUUGACACCUCCUCCCAAGUUGCCAUCUAUGGUAAGUCAUGGCAAGAUGCUGCUUGUUUAAUAUGUUAACAUCCUCUUUAAUUAAAAGUUAAUACCAUGAAGAGAGCAAAAGCAGGUGUCGAGUCUAGGCAAUAAUAACUUUUUCAGUCAGUCAGGUGCACUGUUUUAUUUUUUUUAAUGUGCAAGAUAUAUAAUUUAUUUGAGGGUGGUGCUUUCUAACAAAUUAUAGCAAAAUGAAGUAAUGCACUGCAUGUUUAAUUCUUUUAAACAGCCCAAAGAAGAGGAUGAAAAGAAUGCCAAGAAAAAAAGAUUUUCUCCACCUGAGUUAUUGCAAUGGAAACCUGUUUAAGCCUUUUAUAAAGGAAAAUAUUUGUCAUGAUGAAAAGGUACAUAUAAUCAUGGUGUGGGGUUGUGUUGGGUCUUCAGUUUCAAGCUGGAACACUUAAACACCUUUCAAAUGUUUAGGAUUUUCAUGAAAAGGCAACUUAAUGCACCUCAAAUGGUUGUUGUUUUAAAUCCUUCCUGGCCAUCUUCCCAAUAAAUUUUGACAAUUUAACAAAGGGGAUAAUCUUGUACUGCACAGCCUCAGUUACAAUAAAGGAUCAUUUUUCCCAUUAUCAGUCAGGUUGUAGUCACCAUGCAAAAACACUUAAGUAAAAUUCACUUUAAAACCUAUAAAGCUUGUAUUUGUCAAAUCGCUGUAAAUUUAAGGCUCUACUGUGUGUCUUUAGGAUGAUGAUGAUAACCAUUCAGAGGGGUCCACAGAUACAAUGAUAGUAAAUGAGGAAGAAGAAGCCUCUGGAGAAUCAGCUGAACCAGAUAUCAGAGAUAACAAGAUGUCCAAAAAGUCAGCAAUGGUGAUAAUUAAAGCAGUAACUGAAAAAAUUCCAGAUAGAGAAGAACUGGUCAAACAGUUAAAAGGAAGGUUUCAGGUUACCUAA